AGCUGCAGCGAGAAGGCGCCGCUCUCGAAGCUCAAGUACCGCGAUCGCUCGGCAUUGGGGCUAAUUUCAUCCAAGUAAAUGUCGAGCCUUCAGCAAGACGAAUUGAUCAAGAUGUGGGAAAGUGAGCAGGAGAAUCUGAAGCAGCAGGUGCAGGAGUGCGACACAGAGGAGUGGCAGAGGGCGAGCGGCUUCACGGGGCUGCAGAGAGUCGGCGGUGUGGAUCUCUCCUUCAUCAAGGGAGACGACGUCAAGGCCUGCGCCCAACUGGUGGUGCUGAGCUACCCGCAGCUGGAGCUGCUGUAUGCUGACAGUCAGAUGGUAACCCUCAGCGCGCCGUACAUCGCCGGCUUCCUGGCCUUCCGCGAGACGCCACACCUGCUGGAUGCCUUACGGCGCCUGGAGAGGGACAGGCCGAGUCUGAUGCCCCAGGUCGUCUUUGUGGACGGAAAUGGAUUGUUUCAUUACAGAGAAUUCGGAUUGGCCUGCCACCUCGGGGUGCUGGCCGACCUGCCCUGCGUGGGCGUGGCCAAGAACCUGCUGCAUGUCCAGGGGGUGGUGAGGAGUGCAGAGCACCUGUCCCAGAUCAGUACUCUUCAGAAGGCCGGGGACACCUUCCCACUGAUGGCCGCCUCCGGGAGAGUGCUGGGCAAGGCCCUGCGCAGCUCAGAUAAGAGCACUAAACCCGUGUACGUCUCCGUGGGCCACCGAAUCAGCCUCGACACGGCCGCGCGGCUCACCAGCGCCUGCAGCCGGUACCGAGUGCCGGAGCCCAUCAGGCCGACAUGCUCUCCAGGGAGUACCUGCGCACACACUUCCCAUCUCAGGGCACCUGAAGGCAGAUGUAGCUGUGGGGCCCGUGGAGUCCGGGGGCACGUGGAGCUGCAGCACAUGGUAUCUGGGAGAGCCCCAAGCCAGAGGACCGCCCCCCCCCCCCCGGUGCCUGCGUGUCUGUGCUCACGUGGGCGUGCACUGAGUGCUGAGAUUCUUGGACUGAAAAGAUUCUCCGUCGUAUAUUUUUAGUUUUGCAAUAUGCAGCGAUCACGUUUUUUUUUUUCUCGCCGUGUUGUGGUUAUAGCUCACUGGAACUGACCCGUCGUGACGAUGUUGUGGCAAUGCUGAGCGGCUCUGUGGGUUGUCAGAGAGUCUGUUUGCAGCCUGUCCUGAUCUCGCCCUGCCGCUGUGCUAUUUUGUAACCGUCACGAACUCGGAGCACACAGACCGGGAUCCUUCCUGCUCAAGUAGGCGGGGUCACCAUUGACCCUCCUAAGGUCAGCCAGUGCCCCAUGUGACCUUCGCCAGGCCUCACGAUUGGACGGCAAACAAUGACACAGCUGAGCAGGACCUGUUUCUUAGCCAUUUCUCCACGACCCCACUCUUCGCUUUCCCCAGUACUUUGCUUUUUACCUUUAAUUAACUCAUUAUGUCAGCCGUGGCAGAUUGCAGCCUUCUCUGGGUCCCCAAAUGAGCCACAUUUUAGGGAGGGGGGGCUGUGCCGGAGGUGAGCGGAGGAGCCUCUCCACCCCACCAUGCUUAUGUAAGUGGCGCAUCCUUUCAAAAAUAGUUGAGUGAUCCCUCUUUCUUCCUCUGCUCUCUGCCUGCUUCCCUCCCCUCUCUUGGUAAUGCAGCACAGGCUUACUGCUGUGUUAGAGAAUGAGGACAGUGGGGCUCUCCUCUUCAUAUACCAUCAGAAGGGGUGGCGGGGGGAGGGGGGGCUGCAUGCGUAGAGUCGCACCCCCUCCCACCCCACAGGGAAUUCUUUUCAGGUUUUCAGCUGAUGAAUCCGGCUCGGCUGUCGUUAACAUUCAGGCAGCAUUACAUCUGCUUUGCACAUUUCGGGAUGCCUAAUCAGCCCCUCGUGGAAGACAUGCAGUAUUUAUAGAUGUUUUGACUGUGGUGUCGCGGUUGGGAUUCUCGCCGUGGUGCGGGUGCCGGUGUGCGCGUAAGUCUCCGCGAGCCGCGCGCUCACUGGCUGCUCAUUGGAAUUAAUGAUGUGUUUGAUAUGCGUGCGCUUUGAUGCAUGCGCUCCGUCAGAUCUGGAAAUAUUUCUUUUUGCAUUGUUCAGACUUCUAGCGGAAGUUCUGUCUUCAUUUUGGAAAAGGCUUUGCUUUUUGAGUGUUUUUCUUUUUAUUGUGCUACCUGGGUGAGACUUUGAUGUCCUUACUGUCUGUUAUCCUGAAGAAUUUUGCCAGCAGAGAAAACCAACCAAUUUUUGAUUAAACUGAGCAGAAGCUCCUGCUACCCUAAAGCAAAAAUUAUCUGUAAAACGCCCUUUUACAGCCAAAUGGUGGUGAAAACAAGACGUUAUCUGGACCUGAGUUACAGGGUCAAUGUGUCACCCAGCAAACACCCAGGAUGGGGAUGUGUAGCGAGGAGGCUUCCAUACUUGCUGCUUGCCAGAGUAUGAUGGUCUUCAGAAACAUCCAUCCAUCCAUCCAUUUUCCAAACCGCUUAUCCUACUGGGUCGCAGGGGGUCCGGAGCCUAUCCCGGAAGCAAUGGGCACGAGGCAGGGAACAAUCCAGGAUGGGGGGCCAGCCUAUCGCAGGGCACACUCACACACCAUUCACUCACAUAUGCACACCUACGGGCAAUUUAGCAAGUCCAAUCAACCUCAGCAUGUUUUUGGACUGUGGGGGGAAACCGGAGUACCCGGGGGAAACCCCACGACAAUAUGGGGAGAACAUGCAAACUCUGCACACAUGUGACCCAGGCGGAGACUCGAACCUGGGUCCCAGAGGUGUGAGGCAACAGUGCUAACCACUGCACCACCAUGCCGCCCCCGUCUUCAGCAACAUAUGAAGUAAAAGUGAACCUGCAGUGGACACAAGGACAGCUGUUAAUCCCAGUGGUUCUCAGAUAUUGUCAGAGGAUGCAUGUUUUUGCUCCAUCCCAGACAGUCUACAUUUUUGCUCCCUCCCAGCUUUCAAAAUGUGAACUGUCUUGUUGGGGUCCCCGAGGACCAGGUUGAGAAACGCUAAUCGAACCACUCAUCCUGCUCCGGGAGGCGAUCUAGGGAAUACCCUCGAUGGGAUGCCAGUGCUGUUCUCUUCAACCAUACAAUAUGUGUUAGUAGUUAUAUCCUUGUGCUGCCCAUGGUGCCCAUUGAGAACCAGACACGUCUGGUUUCUGGUGCCAUAUAGGCUGGUUGUAUGCGCCACACGGUCCCUGUUCCAGUGAAGCUGAGCAGGCUGGGUGAGGGGGGGUCUGUAGGCAGUGGUGUGUAGUUUUAGUUCAGCUGAGCAUUUAUUAAUAAGAUGGAUCUCUUACAGAAACCCGCAAGGGGGGGGGGGGGGCAGUGGUAUGGCAAGAAAAUCAGACCAGGAAAAAUGCUGUUUUACUUCAUCACAAUACUGAAUCAUCUCACAGACCCUCUCUCUCAGUCUCGCGCUCUUCUUUCCAUAUUUAUUGUCCGUAUCUCCUUUUUUUCCUCUGUCUUUCCCUCCACCUCUCCUCCUGGGAUUUAGGGAUGUGUGGGUGUAACUGCUGGCAUUUUGCUUGGGGGGGGUCUCUAAGCUUGCUGGAGAGAAGUGGCAAGAGAGCGUUACAAGUGGCUUUUCUUGGCUGGUAUAAAAUGACGCCAUGCUCCAAACCAGCCCAAAGAUUUGAUCUCCUGUGCCUUCCGCUGCAGCUCAGUGACUAAAGAGGGGCCUGCCAAACCAGCGCUCAUGUCCGCAGGGCGUCCCCCUCCUGUGCUCCCCCUAGCAGCCAGCCAGUCUGCAGCCAGCCAGUCUGCAGCCAGCCAGUCUGCAGCCAGCCAAUCUGCAGCCA